GACGUCCAGGAAUCACCCGGGGAGGCUCGUGUCCCCCGAUCCCGGCCAUGGGCUCCAUGCGCCCACGCGAGCGGGCGCCGGGCUGGGCUUCCCACGUGAACCCGCCUCUUCCCUGGGGCACCGGUAGUCGGGUGGUUGCCUGCGCGCGGCCGCCGCUCCACCAGGGCCCCGGACCCCGUCCCAGGCUUUCCUUGGCGUAGGCCCCCUGACUCCUAAUUCCAGCCCCUUUCUUAGCCCGCGUCCCUCAGGCGACGGGCGGUGGUGAUUCCCUUUCCAGAUGUUUUGGCCCCUACUGAGUCUCUGAGCGCGCCGAUGGCAUUUGGGUGGAACGCGGAGGCCCCUGGUGGAUGCCACAGGGUGUCCACGUUCUGGCGGGGCUUAGGCCGAAGUGUGGGCCCUCAGAGCCCCAGCGAGAGCUCUGAAUCAGGCCCGGGCAGCUGAUGAUUUUGGUGAAGUAUCUUGAGGUAGCUGCGCCCGCCCCCUCUUCCUCACCUACCUCUUAUCCUGCCCCCAACACCACCACCACCCUGGCUCCCCUCCCUCAUGACCGCCUGGAUCCUCCUUCCUGUCAGCCUGUCAGCAUUCUCCAUCACUGGCCUAUGGACUGUGUAUGCCAUGGCCGUGAUGAACCGCCACGUGUGCCCCGUGGAGAACUGGUCCUACAACGAGUCCUGCUUUCCUGACCCUGCUGAGCAAGGGGGCCCCAAGACCUGCUGCACCCUGGAUGAUGUCCCCCUCAUCAGCAAGUGCGGCACAUACCCCCCAGAGAGCUGCCUCUUCAGCCUCAUUGGCAACUUGGGUGCUUUCAUGGUGGCCCUCAUCUGCCUCCUGCGCUAUGGGCAGCUUCUGGAGCAGAGUCGUCAUUCCUGGGUUAACACCACAACGCUCAUCACAGGCUGUACCAAUGCUGCAGGCCUUCUGGUGGUCGGCAACUUCCAGGUGGAUCAUGCUAAGUCUCUGCACUACGUUGGAACUGGCGUGGCCUUUGCCGCCGGGCUGCUUUUUGUCUGCCUGCACUGUGCCCUCUCCUACCAUGGGGCCACCGCCCCCCAGGACCUGGCUAUGGCCUACCUGCGGAUUGUGCUGGCAACCAUUGCCUUUGUCACCCUGAUUCUCAGUGGUGUCUUUUUCAUCCAUGAGAGUUCUCAGCUGCAGCAUGGGGCAGCCCUGUGCGAGUGGGUGUUUGUCAUCGACAUUCUCAUUUUCUAUGGCACCUUCAGCUACGAGUUUGGGGCAGUCUCCUCAGAGACACUGGUGGCUGCACUGCAGCCUGCCCCUGGCCGGGCCUGCAAGUCCUCUGGGAACAGUAGCACCUCCACUCACCUCAACUGUGCCCCUGAGAGCAUUGCCAUGAUCUGAGGUCUGGGGAGGGUGGCUGGCCCAGCCUCCGCAGCUCCCCACCCCAUAUCUUCUUUGCAUUUAUUUUGUACCAAAAACUAUUUUAAGAAAGUAUUCUGUUGGGAUAUAGGCUUCUUCGCUCCUGGAGGAGGGACCAUCCCACACCCACCUGUGCCAUAGAGGAGCGGACCGUGGCAGCCUGAGCUGCGCAUGACCCACUCCCCAACUCUGCAGUGUUGUUUUUAUGUUUAAAGGUCACAUAUCCUCAUUCACCCAGCCAGCCCUUCAGGUGCCUUCUACUCCCCAGUGCUGAGGCCAGACCACUGGGGUUUCCUGCUGCAGGAAUUGGGGGCUGGGAACAGCAAGAAGGAUAGAAGUCAGGGGGGGCGGGGGGUGAGCACAUCUUAGUCUGUGAAAAGGCCCACUUUUGGGCCCACUGAGUUGCACUGGGAUUCUUCACUCUGCCCGUUACUUUCUUUAGGGCAAAUAACACAGCAGGACCACGUGGGUAUUUUAGUACUUUUUUUUUUAUAUCUAUUAAAAGAAUUCUAAUUUG